AUGCUUAGUUGCCAUCAUUCCUCUGACCCACACAUCACAGAUGUGGGUUUGGUGUAUGAUUACAAUAAUGACACUGGUAACCUCUGGCAGAAAAACGGUCCACUUUCUUUCUGCUCCUCCAUCUCUGCACCUUCAGCCUCCAGCUGUGUGGUGUGUGUGGAGCAGGGUGUAAACGCAGUGUGUGGUCACCUGGUGCAGGCUGUGGAGCUGGUGAUGGAGGCUGCAGGUGGACCGAUAGAAAUCAUUAAGAGCGAGUGUCCCAGACUUCUUGGUGAUGGUCUUCUUUCAGCCACAGUUCAGAGUGCUACUGAAUCUCCAGGAAUCAACCCAGAUACUAGGGAACGAUGGCCAGUCGUCAUCCCCAUCGUCAUCACCAUCCUCCUCGUCCUCCUGAUGGUUUACUGCAUCUUAAAGAAAAAUCGCAGUACUUCUGAACCCAAGAUAAAAGGGGAAAAAAACGGAGACACCUUCUACCUGAGCAUACUUGAAGCUGACAUUGUCAAACCGGAAGCUGAAGUCCAGAGUGGAAAAAAAGAAGCAGCUGCCCACCUGAACGUAUCUGUUGCUGAUGCUGAUGCUGAUGAACAAGAACCUAAGGCUGUAAACUGAUGUGGAAUGAUGUUGAAUAUCAUAGGUUUGUUAUUUCUACAAAUCAAACAAGUGCCUGGAAUUAGAUUUCUUAAUCCAUAACCUCAUCAUUGGAUGCAGUGCUUUAAGUGGGAAAAUAUAAGUGCCGGUACUCCCCGUAUUCACCUGUUGGCAUAUGAGUCAGGCAGUCGGUAUCGGCUGAUCAUCAAUAAUAUAUUCCGAAUUUCUAUAGUAAAUAAAAGCAAAACAAUGACGAUUUUUACAAAAUGAAUUUAUUAAACAAACUACUUCCAUCCUAAAAUCAUGGACGCCACACUUCACACAUAAAUUUGAGGAACUUGAAUCAAACUUGUGACUCUUACCUCCAGAAUAUGUUCAAGUGAUCAGUUUGAUUUCUUUUUAACUAUAAAUGAUAAUACUGUUUUUUAGAUGUAAGCACUUUUUCCAUUUUGUAUUGGCUUCAGAUUUCUGUGAUCAAGCUCUUAAAGUAAAUAAUGUUUAGAUGAAUCCUCCAACAGCUUGUUAUAUUUUCCAACUAAAAUGUAUUUAAAACACUGUCCUGUGCACCUGUAUAGGCCUGUACCUGUAUUUACUGCUGUGGUAGAAUCUGACUGUCAGAGUUGAGACAUCAUCCAACUCUUGUCUCGCUCUUUAAGUGUCAUAAUUAAUCACAGUCCUGGUAUGCCAGGGGUUAAAAUGUAGACGUGGUGGUAGUGCUUACUAGUGCAUACCAGCCCACUUAAAGCACUGAUUGGAUUGAUAAUGAUAUCAUGUAUUUGAAUGUACUUGCAUGUUUUUUUAUAUAUAGAGAAUUUUAA